CCACAACAUAUAUACUAACCCAUUUAAUGAAGACGGGGAAAAUCUGGCAGAAGUCUUUGUUACUCCAUCAAAUAAGGAAAUAGCUCUCCGACUGCAGCUGAUCAGAUGAAAUCUGAAGAUGGCCGCAUGAGGAAAACAUCAGUGGCUCUUGGGAUGAGGAUAAUACUCCUGUUGGUUGGCCGUGAUGUCUCAACGAGUGAGUCAAGUCUCCUUAAUGAAGUUUCCACGCGGGGAUACAUGCGCACCUUGCACACAAGAACCACUGAAGAACCAUCCGAUCGAUCGGAUUGAUUUGAACGCCUCGCUGCGGCUCUUCGUCCCAUUUGACAGGAGGACGUGGCUCUCGGCGCCGACUUUUUAACCGCCUUGCAAGCACACCACCGGAGCAGACGGAGAGCAGAAGAGGAGGAGAGGGAUCGAAGUCAGGAGUCCUCACUUUGGAAGAUCGGUGGUCAAAAAACACAGGGAGAAAAACCAGAGGAGAGGAGAGGAAACCAACGCUUUUGUAAAAAGGCGGAAGAUGGCGUGCCUUUCAUGGGUGAUGGUGGUGCUUCUGGCUUGUGUGGGCCUCCCCGGCUUCGGGUCGGUGUGCUUGGACCGGUCGCAAUGCGAUGAGCUGAGCAACGAGGGGAAGAUACAGGACUGCGUCCGCCGCUGCGUGCCGGCCACCCGGCCCGAGGCGCCCGAGCUGGACGCGUCGGCCCCGGAGGUCAACGACAACGACGCCGAGCUCCCGCUCAGCGUCCUCCUGGCCGCCCUGGUCUCCGAAAACAGGGUGCCGGAGUCGGAUGUGAAAGGGCCGCGCGGCGACGAGCGGCGCUCCUACUCCAUGGAGCACUUCCGCUGGGGCAAGCCCUCGGGCCGCAAACGCCGCCCCGUGAAGGUGUUCGCCUCCUCCCCGGAGGGAGGGGGCCCCUCCGGGCGCGUCUUCCCCCCCGACGCCCUGGCUCGCAGGCAGCUGGGCCUCGACAGGUUCAGAGUGAGGGACCUGAAGGAAGGGAGUCGAAAGCAGGGCUCGCAGAGGGUCGCCCUCAAGGCCCAGGCCCCGGCGAGAAAGGACGGGGCCUAUCGGAUGAGCCACUUCCGGUGGGGGAGCCCGCCCCCCUCCAAGCGCAACGGCGGCGCGAAGAAGCCGCCCGCCAGGAAACCCAAGAAGGGGCAGCUGGAGGAGCUGCUCAGGAACAUUGUCAUCGAGGGCGUGCAGAGGAGAAUGGGCUGAUCGGAGCAUGGAGGGGGAGA